AUGUUGUCCCAGCGCAGUUGGAGAGUACCGCUGCUGGUGGCGCUCACUUUCUUCGUCAUCAUGCCCUUUUGGCACUUGGGCCGCUCGCCCAGCUAUGCAGGCUUCUAUGACCAUCUGAGCGAUUACUUUGAGGAAGAUGACUACUGGCAGCGGAGAGUAGAUGCCGCCGGUACCGUCUCGAGUACCACUGAAGCCCCCGUCACUGAGAACACAUCGGGCCCUCCGGCACUACAACAAGAUGUUCUCCGGCCUCCUCCUCGUCCUGCCCCGGAGCCUUCUGGACCCGCGGUGUCGUCUCAGUGCAAGAAUUUCCCCGACACUCAGGGCAUUGUGGUGGUGAUGAAGACUGGCGCCACCGAGUCUUAUUCUAAAAUCCCCACCCAGCUUCUUACAAGUUUGCAGUGUAUUCCUAACGUCCUGCUCUUUUCGGAUCUGAAUCAGCAAAUCGGCGAGCACAAGCUGUAUGACGUUCUUGACCGUGUCGACGAGACAAUUCGAAAGACACACAAGGAGUUCAAGCUCUACGACGCCCAGCGCAACUGCCCCGUCUCGCAGCAACAGUGCACCCUGGGCCUGGACGGCGCGUGGGACCUUGACAAGUACAAGUUCCUGAACAUGGUCGAGCGCGCCUGGGAGCACAAGCCCGACAUGGACUGGUACGUGUUCGCCGAGGCCGACACCUACAUCGUCUGGCCCAACCUCGUCCACUGGCUCCGGGAGCGGGCUCCCGAGGGGGACGUGUACGUUGGCAGCGCCGCCAUGGCCUCGGGCAAGGCGUUUGCCCACGGCGGCAGCGGGUACGUGAUGUCCGGCCAGCUGAUCAAGAAGAUGGUGGAGGGCAGCCCCGACCUGGCGGCCAAGUACGACGAGCAGGCCCCCACGAACUGCUGCGGGGACUAUCUCGUCGCUCUGGCCGCCGAGGAGGUCGGCACCCGGAUGAAGCAGGCCCACCCCAUGUUCAACGGCGAGAAGCCCAGCACGUUCCCCUAUGGGCUGGGACACUGGUGUGAGCCUCUCUUGACCAUGCACCACAUGAGCCCGGAGGAGGUUAGCCGGACGUGGCAGUUCGAGCAGAGGCGGGAGAUGGCUAGCAAUCUCCUCAUAAAGGAUACGUUCCAUGAGUUUGUGGAGCCGCAUCUGGCCCCGACCAGGAAAGACUGGGACAACAUGUCCGACGACCUCUGCUUCAUAGGCGCCGACGACAAGAGCCAGGCCCGCGCCAGCCACAAGGACAGGAGCCGCCAGAAGCCGGAGGAGGAGAAGACGGUCGUCGAGAGGCGAGCCCACAUGUCCCCCGCCGCCUGCGCCAACAUCUGCGAGUCCCAGGGCCUCGACGUCCCCGCGGACGAGUACAACUCCCUCAACUCGGAGAGGAUGCGCGGGGAGCUCCUCCGCGCCCUCUACGACGAGCGGCAGGGGGACGCCGCCUUCCACGGGAACCGCACGUGCUUCCAGUGGCGGUACAACAGGGGCGCGUGCUGCGUCAGCCGCACCUUCAAGCUCGGCGGGCCCAAGGCGGAGGCCCAGGAGAGUUGGAUGAGCGGCUGGUUCGUUCGGGGGAUCGAGGACUGGGUUGCGACCCGUGGGCAGUGCAAGGGUGCGGAAUGGAGAGUGCCCUGGUACUUAUGA